UGCCACGUAGACGCAAACGGAAAACGGCUGGGCGCCGUACUCGAUAGAAUGCCCCAAACCCGUUCCCACGAGGCAGAUAUCGGCUGCUCUGCCAUCCCAUACGUAUGCAUUUGUCAAGUAGCCUUUUCUAAUCAACCGACUAAGCAUCAAAUCUUGUGCUUGCACAGUGCAUCGCCGCUCAAGUAGCCUUUACCUGAGGUUUCGUGACAACAUUUGCCCUAUCUUCCCUAUUGUGAUUGCAAAAUCAUAACUUGCCAUCAAUCUUAGUGGCGCCCUAUUACUAGGGAGUCGUUCGAGGCGAAAGCAAAGCUCGAUGCCCUGGAUUCAAUAAUGCAAACGACACAGAAAACCUCGUGGUCUGGUGCUUGGGCGUCCUACGGCCACCACACGGCCAGGCGUUGCCGCUCGUUUGCAGCAAAGGCCACUCCCACGCCGGCAGCGACCACGAACGCGCGCGACAUGAGCUCGGCAUUGUCUCUUGCAAACAUUCGCAGCUCCUUGAUUCGCCAAGAGGAUACAAUUAUCUUCAGCUUCAUCGAGCGCGCACAAUUCUGUCGAAACUUGCCGGUCUACACGCCCGACGCUAUUCCCGUGCCUGGCUUCGACCGCAGCGGGCGGCGCUACUCGCUGCUGGAGUACGUGCUGCGGGAGACGGAGCGGCUGCACGGCAGUGUACGGCGCUACACCUCGCCGGAUGAGCAUGCCUUCUUUCCAGACGACCUCCCCCCGCUGGUCCUGCCGCCCAUCUCCUACGCCUCCCCGCUGCACCCGGUGGCUGAGGCGCUCAACAUCAACGACACCAUCCUGCGGGUCUACCUGGAGGACAUACUGCCGGGUCUGACCGCCCCGGGGGAUGACUUCAACUACGGCAGCUCUGCAACCCUGGAUGUGCCCUGCCUGCAGGCGCUGUCCAAGCGGAUACACUACGGCAAGUUCGUGGCGGAGGCGAAAUUCCUCGCCAAGCCCGAGCAGUACAGUGCGCUCAUCCGCGGGGGCGACGCGGAGGGCAUCAUGCAGCUGCUCACCGACAAGGAGGUCGAGCGGCGAGUGGUGGAGCGCGUCCGUCGCAAGGCCGCCACAUUCGGGCAGGACAUCACCGAGAACGGUGCAGCAACAGCGGCCGCUGCAGGCAGCAACAGCAACAACGGCAGCGGCAGCAGCAGCGGCAACAGUAACAGUAGCACGGAUGGUGCGGGCGGCUCCAGCUCCAACACCAGCACCAGCAGCUCCCCGCGCCUCAAGGUGUCGCCCGAUUUGGUUGCGCGGGUGUACGAGCAGAUCGUGAUGCCGCUGACCAAGGAGGUGGAGGUGGCGUACCUGCUGAGGAGGCUGGAG